GAGGAUUCGAAAAAGGGAUCUGCGGAAGAUCUACUCAGAGGAAGGGAUGGGUGGGGCAGAGAGAGCAGAACCUCUGAUGAGAGGCCUUUUCUCCCACUUUGGCAUCCUGACGGACGUCAACAUACUUCAGAAGCUCCAAGAGGCCCUGGGUCAGAGAGGACAGACCAUCCUGCAUUUCUGUCAGAAACUGGACAACCCGAAGAUCAGGGAAUUUCUGGCCAGCUAUGAUCCAGAGGGUUCGGAGAAGGCUGCCUGCAUCCUCCAGCUCCUUAUGGUCUACUUUAAGGAGCCUACGGAGAAACUGAUGCUCGAAGUUGAUACCUGUGCCACUGCUGCUGAUGUAGUGAAUACUGCAGCACUCCCAAGCACCCCCUGCUUGAUCAUUCAAGGUGACACAAUGAAGCCUUCUGGGUGGAUGCUAUCCAUCGAGGGACAAGUGGUAAUGGGCCCACACCCAUUUUUUUUGCAUGGGGUAGCUGCUUUAUUCAGCACCUACUAUGUCUUCAACCUCAAAUAUCCCGUUGGAUCAUGCACACUGGAGUUCAUCCAAAGAUGCUUCUUGGGCAUCAACCCGGAGAAAGGCUCCAAGGCAAAGAAGCGAAGCUCCAUUAACCCUCACGUGAGCACCCUUCACCGGAAGCUGAUAGACUUGGAAUGGUCUGCAUAGACUGCAUGGUGUGCGGGGACAAGUUUAGUGGGAAGCAUUACGGUCAGUUCACCUGCGAGGGAUUAUUUGUUUAAAGGAUCCGUUAAGGGUUCAUCUGUUUUUUAUGGAUAGUUGAGGUGAACUAGUUCAUGUUCCUGUUUGUUUACUCUGUUGUUUAUUUUGUCAAUAAAUAUGCCAGUGGGCUUCCAUUGAUUUUACCUCA